GCUGGACUCUGGUCCCGACCCCUUCCCUUUCCUUGCAGCAACCCAGAGCUGACCUGCCUGUGCGUCUGAGCUCUCCUUGCCACAAUCUUCUCCGAUGAGGAGGUGUGGGGUCUCCACGUCCUCAAAAGCUCCGAACAGCCCGUCUCUCCCCAAAUAAAGCUGCUUUUGGGGGCGUUUCUGCACAAUCACAUGUCAGGCAGUGAGAGCACCGGGCAGUUGCACACAGGCUGUCUUUUCUCCCAUCAAAUUUCUGUUGGUCUUGCGGGAAAGGAAAUGUUUUGUCCGAGUGAAUACCCCAGAGGACGAACACUGCAGCAGUUAGAUGUGAAAGAAUCUUGAUGCUUUUAGGAUUCAACUUGAUAGCUCAUUAGACUGCCUCCUGGCAUGAGAAUCCCUGAUGUGUCUCCUCCAACUUCAUCCUGCAUCAGGCCUGGGUGAGAGAAUUUCGAAUUUGGUGCUCCUGCCAUCAGUUUGGACUCACCCCAACUGGUCUGGGGGCUCCAGAGCUCUCCUGGACUGAUUGGUACCCACUGAGCCCAGAGAGCCUGGUGGCAGAGGAGCUACAGGGCUGCAGGAAUGUCAGGGAACCACACACAUGAUUCCCCCAUCCCUCUCUGCACCCCUAGACCAGAAGCACCCAUUUACUCCCGCAGGGUUUUGGGGUGGCAGAAGAGGGCACUGACUGGAGGGGAGGUGGUCUUGGGGAGCUCCAAGCAGGGGUAUGGGGGGACAUGAUCUCUCCUUCCUCCUCAAAGCAGCACUGGCUGCCCCAUGUCCCCUUCAGCCACUGAACCCCUUAUGCCGGUGGGGGGACAUGCCAGAGGCUGGACAAAGCACCUCGAGUGCCAGGUGCCCUCUGCUCUGCCAGCAAGGGCAGAAAGCUGGUUUUUUUGACUCAUUAAACCAGCUAAUUGCUGCCAGGACUGCUGAUACCCCUGAGGGGCUCACCUGGGGCACCCACCACAGGGCUGGGAAGCUUGCAGGAACAGACACCACGUGGGGCUCCCCAGAGGCCAUCCUACGUCCCCAAACCCUCAUGUCCAGGCACACUCUGAGCCCUGCAAGCAGCACCAAGGAGUCCCCAACCCAGAGGGGUGGGCAAGGGCUGCUGUGGGUAAUACAGAGUGGUCAGUGGGGGCCGCCCCCAGCACCAUCUGUGCUGGUUUGGGAUAUCCCCAAGCAAAGUGGGAUGUCAUGGCCUGUCCCCACCGGUGUGUUGGGGUCACCAGGAAAAGAUGGGGGGCUGGGAGCUGCCCCCCUCUGGUGCUGAGCCGGGCACCAGAGACUGCUGGCAGGGCAUGGCUCAGCAUGGCAAGGCACUGGUGUGACGUCAGGGGUGGCACUGGUGGCAGGGACGUAGCAGUGAGUCACCCCCCCUCGUGCCUCCCUCCACCCCUGGACUUUGUCUCCUGUGGAUGCUUGGGGCAAUAAAACCCAGGCUCGGGGUGGGAAUGGGGUGUUGGGGAGGGCACACAAGUGUGUUUGCACACACAGGCACAGGAAUGCAGGAGGUGCAAGCACGAGUGUGCAAGAGAACCUGCACAGAACGUGCGAGGAGGAGCUGGGGCAGCACAGGGGCUGCGCGUGUAGGAUGGGGUCACCCGUGGGAUGGGGUCACACGUGUCCCUGCGUGUGCAAGAGGCAGCCACGUGUGUGCACAGGCAGGUGUGUGAGGGGGAGUUGCACACGCAGGAGGGACGUGGAGGUGGGAAGCGUGUGCCCCUCCUGCCGGGUGAAGGUCAUGCGAGGUGCGCGGGGACACCCACACGCGUGUCCCUGCCGCUGUCACCUCCACGGCCCCAGCCCCGAGCGGCGCCGCGGGCGGGCCCGACGGGCGGGUGACGGCCGCACCCUGGACCGGGCGGGUGCUUCCCACCGCCCCGUCCCCAUCCCUGUCUCCGCCGAGGCCAGGCAGGCUCCACGGCCUCACUGGACACCCCCAUGCAGCCGGAGCGCGGGGGGCAGAGCCCAGGACCCCCCGAAACCGAGGUCAAGGCUGUCGUCGUGGGGGACGGGGGCUGCGGGAAGACGUCGCUGCUGGUGGCCUUCGCCAGGGGGGACUUCCCCAAGGUCUACGUCCCCACCGUGUUCGAGAAGUACACGGCGUCCCUCCAGGUUGCCGGAAAGCCCGUGACGAUUCACCUCUGGGACACAGCAGGACAGGAAGACUAUGACAGGCUUCGCCCGCUGUCCUACUCAGAUGCCAGCGUUGUCCUCAUGUGCUUUGAUGUCACCGACCCCAACAGCUUUGACAACAUCUUAACAAAGUGGUACCCGGAGGUGAAUCACUUCUGCAAGGGGGUCCCGGUGCUGCUCGUGGGCUGCAAGACGGACCUGCGGCAGGACGAGGGGACGCUGCGGAAGCUGCGGGAUGGGCGGAUGGAGCCCGUUUCCCGCCAGCAGGGAGAGGCCAUGGCCCGGCAGGUCCGUGCCGUGUCCUACAUGGAGUGCUCGGCCAGGUACCAGGAGAACGUCGGGAACAUCUUUGUGGCAGCCAGCAGUGCUGCCAUGAGUGCCACCCGCCGGAGACAGCGCGGGAGGAGAGCCUGGAGGGGCUGCGUGCUCCUCUGAGCCCUCCGGCACCGCACGACCCCUGGGAUCUGCCGCUGUCCCCAGCUCCGACCACACCGCGGCUCCCGGCUGCUGCCACACCUCUGCUGAUUCCUCCGGAAUUCCGCCGCCACUGUGGCCACCCUCCUGUCCCCGGGCUGGCACUGUCUGUCACCACGGGGUGCCGGCAGGAAAGCAUCCCCCUGGCAUGAAGAAACUGCCCCACCUGGAUCUCAGUGUCUUGUCCCAGCAGGGAUCCCCGUGUCCUGUCCCAGCAGGGAUCCCAGCACCCUCUUUAGGGAUCUCUGCAUCCUGUUUCACCUGGGAUCCCAGUGUCCUGUCCCUGUCCCAGCAGGGAUUCCAGUGUCCUGUCCCACCGCAGAUCCCAGUGUCCUGUCCCACUUGGAUCCCAGCAUCCUGUCUCUGUCCCACUGGGGAUUCCAUCAUCCCAUCCCUAUCCCACCAGGGAUCCCAGUGUCUUGUCCCUGGCCUAUCAGGGAACGCGGUGCCCUCUCCCACCAGGGAUCCCCAUGUCCCGUCCCUGUCCCACCAUGGAUCCCAGCGUCCUGUCCCUGUCCAACCAGGAAUCCCAGCGUCCUGUCCCAGUCCUGUUAGGAAUCCCAGCAUCCAAGCAUCCUCGCCAGCCAAGUUCUGGGAGCAGAGAACUGAUGCAGGGGAUUCCUCUUCCCCCUGGCAGGCCAGCGCGGGGAGUGACACCGGGUGGUGACCGCGGGACACUUGUGCCAUUAAAGUGACACAACACUU